AAGUCUAGCUGCACGCACGAGAGUGGAGUUGGAGUCGUCGGCAAAUUUCGUGGCGUUUUUUUCGGUUUUUGGACAUUAUUUUUGAAAGCCUCUUCCGCAACCCUCAAAACUGGUGAUUCGCUUUAAGCCAUCUUAAAUUGUGGCAAACAAAAUUUCAAUUCUAUUUAAAUUACAUCAAAAAGUGUCUGAAUUAAAAUAUAAAGCUGUCGUUUAUGAAAAGCUUAUAUUUCAACAAAUAAUAAGUGUUUAACAAAGUGAAAAGUUUAACACAAAAGUGAUAACAAAAAAUUAUUAUUUGCUAACAAAAAUUAAAUAUAAUAAACAACAUGAUGAUGCAGCAAAGUGUAUUACUUCCUCUGGCCAUCAUGCUCAUCUCCUGUGGAGUGGCAUUCGCAUGCCAUGGAAAACUAAUCGCAUCGGGCAUCAGUACGGAGGAGAGAUCAAUCAUCUUGCAGGAACACAAUCGCCUGAGGCAACUUGUGGCCACCGGACGCUAUCCGGGCCAACCGGGUGCCGAGAAUAUGCGCGAAAUCAUCUGGGAUGACGAGCUGGCUGCCCGUGCCCAGCAAUGGGCCGACAAUUGUCAGUUCCGACACGAUCCGCAUCGCACAAUAAAUCGCUUUACCAUGGGUCAAAAUCUGGCCAUUAUUUGGAGCACUGCACCGUUGGAUGCCGAUGAUGGUGAUUUUCCCUCUCGCAUUCAAAACUGGUUCAACGAGGUGCAAAAGUAUUCAUUCGGCGACGCCUGGUCACCCAAGACUGGUCACUACUCGCAGCUCGUUUGGGGUGAGACGAGUCUGGUCGGUUGCGGCUUUGCCGAGUACAAAGAUAACAUCAAAUACAACAAGCUCUACGUGUGCAACUAUGGACCUGGUGGCAACGUUGUCGGUUAUAAUCCCUACGAGGUUGGAAAACCAUCGUGCUCCACCUAUGGCAUGAAACCAUCGUCCAGGUAUCAGGGACUCUGCGCUGCACCCGGUGCAUCUCCAGCAGUGGCAAAUAGCGUCUAUGGCGGCAAUACUUUUGAAACGUAUGAGUACAGCUACAACUCAGCUACAACGCUUAAUAGCAACAGCAACCAGAACAAUAACAACAACAAGCCGACUAACAACAUUAACAAGAGCAACAUCAACAACAACCGCAACUACAAUAAUCCCAACACCCAAUUUGCAUACUCCUCCCCCAAAUUCCCUACACAGGCAGCGGCACCAUCAGCAUCAGCGACGUCGUCCGGUGGCAGCUCCUUUGGCACUAAGACACGUGGCGGUAGCCAGGCCUAUACAACGGAGAUUAGUCAACAGCAUUCCGGCAAGUACAAGCACAAGCUUGAGGCAUAUCGGCCCAGUGCUGCAGAAUUUGAGAAGUCCGUACAGAAGCAUACAAUACUACGCACCUAUAUAGAGCAGAAUCCGAAUGAGCAGCCAGCGGUAGUGCCGGAGCAGCAAGCAGCCGGACCGGAAGCGUCCAGCACCCCGAAACCGAGUCGUGGCUGGAGCCUAUUGUCUUGGCGCGGCUAAGAACGUCCCCCACACAUUAUGUCAUGCCCCAUUUUGCCGCAGAAUGUAUUAGCUCACCCAAGCCCAGUAAUAACUACUAUGUAGUAUCAUUAGAACCAUCUUCGAUUCUGAGUUUCAAACUACCAUCUAACAUAUACUUCUUGUACGUAUUCGUAUACCUCCCUGGUACCUCAUGCAAAGACCAGACAACAUAUCUAUCUCUCUAGCGCAUACUCGUAUAUAGCGAAUAAUAAAUAGCCUUUUAUUUAAAACAUUCAAACAUAUUGAAAUUGCCAUAUGAAGUACAUUACAUACCAUCUUAGUGCUACGAUACUUGCUUAUUUUGGAAUUUUAUAUUUAAAAUUAUUUAUAUUGUAUUAUUGAAACCAUCAAAUGGAACAUUAAUUGCUAUAUAUUUUAGCUACUUUUUCGCAUGAUUCACACUGCCACUCAGCUCGAAUCAUUAGAAUAUGCAUCAUCUCAAAUCAAAUCACUUCCGAAUAUUUGUAUCAAAUGUUUGUACCAAAAAAUUACAAAUCUAAAUUUCCAUUAAUAAGCGCCUAACAUCAACUACUUAUUGUGUUAUAGUAUUGUGUUCAAAAUAAAUAAAACAGCAAGAUGAUAUAUUAUAUGAAAACAC